UGCUUCAUAUCCUGGAGGUACCCAGUUCGAAACAUGAUCAGGAGACCGGUUAACAUUGCUUAAGAUCUUUAUUGUUUUCCAAAGUCCACAGAAAUGUUGAGGCAGCACGCGAUUUUCUUUACGAAAUGUGUAGGAAGCUUCUGUUUGACAUUUCCGUUUUACUUAUUACGUCGUCAUAGCAACCGACAUUGUUUAUUUCACUCUUUCUAGUUAUCAGGUUCAGCAAAGUGGUGAGAGAAAUUUAUUCUUCUGAUUUUUUCAAAACGUGAUGUUGUGGGGAUACAGUCCAGCUUUGGAUCUGCGCCAUGAGUGGGAGCGGUGUAAAUACAAAGAAUCUGACAGUCUGAAAGAAUUAAACGUGUUAUUAAUUGGCUCUGCAGAUGGAAGACAUAUUCUGAAAACAUUAGCCCAGACUUACAGACACGAAAACAAACAACGUAUUAAUUUGUACGUGUAUGAAGCAAGUUUGGAUUUAAUUGCCAGACAAAUUAUGUUACUAACCAUUGCUCUGGAGCCCCCGGAAGAAUUUGAUUUGCAAGAAAAGACUCGUAUUUUUCUUGAGCUCUAUGGCAACUCCGUUCUUCGUCCAAAAACCGCUGACUUCAUAGCACGGAAGUCUGCGCAGUUUGUACACAUGGUUACAGAUCUCGAUUUCCAGGUUGCGCGGAUGCCUCUCCUCCGCCUGGAUCAGUUGAAGUACAAGCACCGGGACUACCUGGAGAACGUAUUCAAGUUCUGGCAGGUGCCCAGGACGAGGUUCCAGAUCUUGCAGCACUGGGACAGGCGCGUCCGUGAACAUCUGGGCUCUCGGUAUGACAGCCGCGUUGGGGUUUUCGACUGGGAUUAUCACAUGAAGCUUCGCCCCGCUGGAGCGGAGCACGUCACCGCCCGCGAGUACAAGAACUGGAGGAACACAGGCGUGGCCUUCACUUGGCUGGAUAUGGAAGCCACUGAGCCCAACUUGACUUUAGCCACCGCCCCCGUCCGGAUCGGCGAUAGACUGUGUCAUCAUGGCUACCUGGGGGAUAUCGUCACCGGGCCGUUCCUCGCCUAUUGCCUGGACUGCGCGGAUAAGGACAUGUUGCGAGUCGUGAACGGCGUUCAGUCGAAGCGUGCGGCCGACAUUGCCGAGCGCAACGUCUUCAGAAUGAUGCAUGAGUUGCUUUACGGCGAGCCGUUCAUUGCUUCCAGGCAGGCGAAUGAAAGCAGUGAAAGUGUUGUCAUCACAGAAGUCACAGAUGUAGUGAAAAGGAUGCAGGAAGACUCACGCGAUCUCCUUGACUCCAGCAGCUGCGAACGGGACCCAGCAAUCAAUGGAAAGAGAGAAGCUGCGUUUGCAAAAGAAACGUAUUCGGCAAUUCCCAUUGAUUCUGCCGAAGUGAUCUUCUUGCCAGUGUCGGCUAUCACGGAUCUUCCGCGCAAGGACAAAUACAAGAACUUCUUUCAUAUCAUCACAUUGUCACAAAAGAUGACUCAGUUUCUCACAGAAGACCUCAUGCGCCUGGCUUGCGAAGGAGGUCUUCUCGUCGUAGAGGGGAAAGUAUUUCUUCCUGAACUCAGGAAGGAAAAUUUGAUCGAGUUUGCUAAGAAUUUAAAUUCCACAGCAGAAGCUUGUCACUGUGUUCCUGCAACGGAAUUUAAUCCUUUAAAAGAUUCGGUGGCUAUGUUCAAUGUGAAAAGAACCUCAAAUCCUACUUCACUCUAAACUCUCACAUGAAUACAGGCAGUAUCUGUUCACUUUUAGUCAGAACAAGGGAAAACAUUGCCAAGAAAUUAAUAUUUUUUAGGAAAAUAAUUUCUUUUUUAAAUCCUUAUUAGCGGGUUUAUGUUUAUUUUGACCCCCUGAUUCGGAUAUGAGCCGCAGUAUUAAUAUUUUUUCUUGAGAAUCCGUAUGAAUAGCAUGUGAUUACAGGUUAUUAAUCUUUAUACCGAAAGUAAAAGUUAAAGUUGGCGAUGUGCUUAUUUAAACAUCCUUAAUUUCUCCACAGGAGAUGAGCUCUCAAUUAUAUAAGAUAAUCUCACGUUUCGUAGCUCUCAAUUUAAGCAAAGUAUAAACACAACAGCGCUGUGACAAUAUUAUGUGUAUUUUUGUCUGUUUAUCUGUCAUAUAAGACACAGUUACCAAGUGGUUUUAGUCGUUAAGUAUGUCGCUUGACUGUCCUCGCUUAUCUAUGACUUCCUGUGAGCAUGUCUUCAAUGUGACUGCGCGUAGGCUGCACCUCCGUGUGUUUUACUUGUGGAAACUGCAAAGUAAUUCCAUGGAAUAGAAUCUUUUUUGAAAACCCAAUAAUAGCUUAAUUUGCCCAAAAGUUCUCCAAUUUUCAUUGAACCCAAACGCUCAUUUCCAUGAUGAUUGCUGCAUAUAUUAUGGUAAGAGACGCCGUGUAUUCUGGUAGUUCUGCUGUAGUUUCCGACGGAUAUUCUCCCGCCAUCGUCAAGUAGAAUAGUGCACAGAAGUAAACCGAGC